AUGGACAUGUACAAAGACACGUUCGAUUUUCCCCCACAAGGUGCAAUUCGCCUACGCAUUAUCAUCGUCGGGGCUGGGAUCGCCGGUUUAAGCGCAGCGCUGGGUUUGCACAGAGCAGGACACAAUGUUACAAUCCUUGAGCGAGUUCACGAAAUUGCCGAAGUCGGUGCGGGGAUCCAAAUAGCGCCCAAUGCAGCGCGAAUUCUUGGUCGAUUCGGUGUCUUGUCGGAAGUUGUUAAAAAGGCAAAUGUUCUGGAGAAGAAUUCGCUACGGCGGUAUAAGAAUGAUGAGGAGCUUGGUACUGCACCAUUGAUGCCAAAGGUCGGACAAGAGUAUAGCGCCCCAUUGUGCGUUAUCCACCGAGGCGACCUGCAAUCAAUCCUUCUACGCGCCGUUCAGAACGAAAACAUUGAUCUCAAACUGAACUCGCGCGUCAUCUCCCCUGAUUCCGAGUUCAGCGGCAAAGUCCAUCUCCAGACCGGAGAAGAGAUGGCUGCAGACGUGGUUAUCGCCGCUGACGGGAUUAAAUCCGACAUACGACAAUCGAUUGCCAAAUUCCAUGGCCAUAUCGAUCAUGCCCAGCCAACCGGUGAUGCAGCAUACCGAAUCAUGAUACCGAGAAAGGAACUCGAGAACGAUCCUGACGCAUUAAAAUUGCUAGAAUCUAACGUUGGGAUGCGGUGGAUGGGCCCUGGCGGGCACAUUAUGGCGUAUCCGAUUAAGAACAACGGGCUGUAUAAUAUGGUCCUUUUGCACCCGAAGCCUUCAGGGAAGUCAGACGAGGAGAGCUGGACCCAGCAAGGGUCAAAAAAGGAGAUGCAACAAUUCUACGAGCAGUGGAGUCCGCUUGUCCGCAAGUUGCUGUCUUAUGUGCCUGAGGGCGAGGUGAAGGAGUGGACGUUAAAUUCUCAUGCGUUCUUGCCGUCAUGGGUUGAGAAUAGGACCGUUCUUAUGGGUGACGCGUGCCAUCCGAUGCUGCCGUACGUGGCUCAGGGGGCGGCGCAGGCCAUUGAAGAUGCAGGCGUUCUGGCGUGUGUCUUAUCGCUGAGUGGGGAGGAUGUGGAUAUUCCGACGAGGUUGAAGGUGUACGAGAUAAUUAGGAAGGAGAGGGCGGAGAAGAUCCAGAAUAGCGCAGCGGAAACCCGGCUCGCGCUGCAUCUACCUGACGGAGAGAAGCAGAGGCAGCGUGAUGAGGCUAUCAAAUCUGGAGGAAAGAACCCAGAUCUUUGGGCCGAUAAAAGCUGGCAGCAAUUCAUGUGGGGAACGGAUGUGAUGGAGCAGACGGUUGAUGGUUGGAACGACUUGGUUCGCCAGGCUUCUGAAGCUUCUCUGAGAAACGUCAGACCUUCUGUUUUCUAA